GUACGGUCACUUCCAUAUUUGAUGCUACUAAUGUGUUUUGGUCAGUCUUUAUUUCAUUAAAAUCUAAAUUGUGAUCUUUCUCCUUCUCCUCUAGGAGGCAGCAUUAAGGAUCCUUCCCAGCGCUCCCAGCGCUCUUGAUCAUCCCAGCGCUCAGCGUGCUGGCUCCUCCCCCUCCCGGCGGCAGCGUGCGCUCUCAGCCGCCCCCGUGCACCCCGCGCUCGCCAGGCCUGCGCGCCCGAGCCCAUGCCCCCAGCUCCACGCGGCCCUCCAACGCCAUGUGUGUCCCGCACACUAUGGAGGCGGGCAAGCACAGCGCCAGCCAGGGGCAGGGCAGCCUUGCCGGGGUCCCCCUGGAGCCGUUCAUUCACCAGGUGGGCGGUCACACCAGCAUGAUGCGUUAUGACGACCACACCGUCUGCAAGCCGCUCAUCAGCCGCGAGCAACGCUUUUACGAGUCCCUGCCGCCAGAGAUGAAGGAAUUCACCCCUGAGUACAAAGGUGUGGUGCUGGUGUGUUUUGAGGGUGACUCUGAUGGCUACAUCAAUCUGGUGGCAUAUCCAUACGAAGAGAGCGAGGGGCUGGACCAUGAAGAGCUGUCCGAAAGAGAUCAGCCUCGCCGAAAACACUCUCGCCGUAGCCUCCACCGCUCCAGCAGCGAGCACAAAGAGGACAGACCUGCUCACGAUGGCGACAGCAAUGACAAUCUGCAGGAGUUGAAGAGUCCUCGUCUGGACCUACAGAUGCAUUCAGAUGUGCCCUUCCAGAUGCUGGACAGCAACAGCGGCCUGAGUUCAGAGAAGAUCAGCCACAACCCCUGGAGUCUGCGCUGCCACAAACAACAGCUCAGCCGCAUGCGCUCCGACUCCAAAGACAGAAAACUCUACAAAUUUCUGUUGUUGGAGAACGUAGUCCAUCAUUUCGUCUACCCCUGCAUCCUGGACUUGAAGAUGGGCACCCGGCAGCACGGCGAUGACGCGUCAGAGGAGAAAGCCGCCCGGCAGAUGAAGAAGUGCGAGCAGAGCACGUCUGCCACAUUAGGAGUGCGUGUGUGCGGCAUGCAGGUCUAUCAGAUGGACACCGGUCACUAUCUAUGCAGGAACAAGUACUAUGGCCGCAGUCUUUCUAUCGAGGGAUUUCGACACGCACUCUUUCAGUUCAUGCACAACGGGACACAGCUGCGCAAAGACCUUUUCGAGCCCAUCCUGAGCAAACUAUGCAGCCUGAAGGCUGUGCUGGAGCGCCAGGCCUCGUACCGCUUCUACUCCAGCUCGCUGCUCAUCAUAUACGAGGGCAAGGACCCAGAGUCUGUGGAGGCUGGCUGUCAGAGAGCCUCGGAGCCGGAGAAGCUGGGCUGUGUGGAGAACCUGCCGGCCUCGGAGCCCCAUACGCCUCCGCAGACGCUGAGCGUGGAUGUGCGCAUGAUCGACUUCGCCCACAGCACCUUCAAAGGCUUCCGCGAUGACCAAACCGUCCACGAUGGGCCUGAUCGCGGAUACGUGCUCGGACUGGAGAGCCUCAUCGACAUUUUGCAGGAAAUCCGCAACGAGAACCAGUAGCUCCACCCAGCAGCUUUUCAUAGAGAAACAAAGAUGUUUGUAAAGACUACACAUUAACACAAACCUAAAGGUGUGUACACAAGAAAUGGAGGUGACCUCUACCUAUGAAGGGUCUUGUCUCUGCUGUCAGGAAAGAAAUUGCUCCUAGUCUCCCCUCAAUAGAAGAUGGUUUCAGUUUGUUUGUCACAUGGAUUCAUCGCCACCAUGUGGCCCGCUGAAGCACUGCAGGAAUGAACCGUGAACUCAGGCCGCAUCUGCUGUCAGGGUCUCUCUUAGAGUGUGGCAUUGCUAAAGAGAGAGAAAGAGUGUGUGUGUGUGUGUGUGUGUGUGUGUGUGUGUGUGUGUGUGUGUGUGUGUGUGAGAGAGAGAGAGAGAGAGAGAGAGAGAGAAUCUCAAGAAAAAUCCAGGUCACCCCAAAAUAAAUAAAAAAAUAAAAAAUCUUGUAUUGCAUAAACCAAGCCUGUUUUUAGCACCUUUAAGAUUUUUGUGACAUUAUUUUCAUGAAAAAUUUAGCCUGAAAGCAUUUCUCCCCCAAAUUCUUCUUCUUAUAAUGCAAAACAUUUUAUUCAGACACACAUUAUUCCAUUAGGAAUUGUACUUUGCCACAUAAAUUCUUUAUCAUUAUUUGUUCACAUCAUACUGUACUAAUGAGAAUGACAAGGGAGGAUGUGGGUUUUUUUAUAAAAAAUUAAUGUCACCAUGCAAAAAAAAAAAAAAAAAAAUCUUAAUGGUUUUAAAAAUAUUUUCAUGCAAUGUUGUUUUUUCUUGUGUUUUUUUUUUUUUUUUUUUGGGCGAGGGAGAGUGAAAUAUGUUCUCUGUAUAAACACUCAGUAUUUCUCCAAGAGUUUAAAAGGGAGUAAAUUCAGCUCACAGCAGUUGGUCAAAGCUUUACUGUAAGAGUCGGGUGCAUUUAAAAGAGAUUUUAGACCACUCGUCUUUGAUGACAAGAGGAUGAAUCUGGCCUUAUGGCAGUAGUUGAAUUCACAGCUUAGCUAUGCGAGUCUAUUUAACCGGUCAGAUGAUGCUUUUUUAUUUUAUUGUUAUUAUAUUUUGGGUUUUUUGGUAGCUAUCUUACUCUGUACAUUUAAAGCAAUUAUUACAUGUUUUGUUGACCCCCCCCCUCUCUGUGAUUUAGCAGUCGUAGGGGUUUUGGUGGGAUAGUGCAUUUGUAGUCUUGAAUUUAGAUUACCCUUGUGUUACAAAGUCUUUCCCUGUGAGUAAUGUGUAAUGUCAUUAUUGCAGAGAAAAGCCUCAUUGUAAAAAAAAAUUAUAUAUAUAUAUAUAUAUAUAUAUAUAUAUAUAUAUAUAUAUAUAUAAAAUAUUCUUAAUGUCAAAAUAUUUAAAUAUCCUUAAAACAAAACAAAACAAAACAAAUCCUGAUAAGCAAAAUUGUGUAAGGUAUUAACACUUGUUUACAGAUUAGAUUUUUAAGCAACAAUAACAAAUUUUUUUUUAUAAACAAGUCUUAAUAUUUUAAUCAAUUUCCAUUCUCAAAAAAAAAUUUUUUUUUUAUUUUGUUUUAGGCAUAUUUAGAUAUUUUUGUUGAAAACAACAAACCGACUAAUUAAGAAGCUUAUUUUAGUUAGUGCUCACUAACAUCUGCACUGUAAUUUAUUAUGAACACAUUACAAGAGCAUGAUUUUUAUUUUUGUUUCUUUUUAUUAUUUAGAAGGGUUGUCUAUUAAUUACACAUACACUCUGAGGGGAAAAAAGGUACAAAAGCUGACACUGGGACAGUACCCUUUCAAAAGUACACCUUUGUACUUUACUAACCCAUAAAAGGUGCAUUUUAGUACCCUAAAUGUACAGAUUUGUAACCUAGAGUGUACAAAUUAUUAUCAAACUGUUAUAUAUUAUUGCCUUUUGAAAGGGUACCGCCACAGUGACAGUUUUGUACCUAUUUUUCUGAGAGUGUACACAGUGACAUUCUGCCCAUCAUCAGCAAAUGUAGCAAGAUUGGUUUCUAGGUUUGUCCUUGUGAGUCCCAUCAGCAGUCGAGUGGAGAUCGUCUCGUCAUCAUGACACCUUCAGCAUGUUCUCUGUCUAGAUGAAGCAUUUAUUGCACUAUGGUGUCAUCCUUUUACUGAAAAUAGACACUUUUUUAAUUCUCUGGGAAACAGACAUCAUAUCUGCCCAUAGUAGCAGUUGAGCAAAUAUAUUAACUUCAUUCAUUCGUCUUGUCCUAUAUUUACUGACUUUGAUCACGUGUAUAAAUAAUAAAUCAACAUUAUAAAACAUAACAUCUAUGCGGAGUUGUGCCGUAGGGAUGUGUCUGUAUUUAGACGUGUGAUUUUGGUCAAUAGCCAUAACUGGGACACCCAGGAGUGUUUGUUUAACAACUGUUUAACAAAGUCAUCUGAUCAUGUAACCGCUGAAGGGAAGUGUUUGAAGAACAAAUGCCACGUGUGAUGUGUUCCCUCACAAUAAAUGAGCAAUGUACUCAAGUUAAAGAAAACGUAAUUCCUAACAUGUUGGCGUCGUUGAUUAAAGUGUACCUGGUUUGUGUAAUUAAACCUUACUUUUGUGUCGACGAAUGAGAGAGGAACACAGAUUCAUAGAUUUCACAUAAAAAGAAAGAAAAUGAUCCUUUUGUCUUUAUUGUUGUUGCAUGGAUGGGUAUUUUUUUAAGAAAAAAUAAUAAUAUGACAACUUUGAAUGUGAGCUAUAAAUUGUUUAUUUAAGAAA